AUGGUUGUUUGUCAGGGCCAGGUGGCCCAUCACUAUUGGGCCAUGAUGACUAACAUAACUGCCCUCCUCUUGCAUGAACCAUCCAGCGUUCUAUAUACCGAAUCACUUCUUUUCCUUGGGCAGGACUCCGCGACGAAGGAAUUCACAGAGCAUCUCCACGCUGACCUCUCUGUCAUUGGUCUUCUCAUCGGUUUAUCUCCAGUCGAUUAUCUCUGUGGAUUUUCCACUCGAUCCAACACGCAUGAGUUGAUUAUGCACAGGCAAUUGAAACCAAAAACAAACAUAUCGCAGUUUCAACAGGUUACGACUUGGAAAGCACCUACUUCUGGAGAUAUAAUUGCCUCUCAGACGGGGAAUAUCUCGUCUCCUGUGUUUGAUGGACAUCAGCUGGGGACCUUGCUUUAUGACAUCUACCAGUCCCUCUUCGACAAGAGACCACAAAGGUGUUCUUGGCUGCCAACCAGAAGAACAUGUCCAAAGCUUCAGCUCUCUGAGGAUUCAUGGACUCAUGUUAUGGACCAGUUCAUGUCGCUCCAACUCGCCGCAUGGUCGAUCGAGUCAAUGGACACAGUGCACUACCAAGAUUUUUGUGGGCAGUUACAUCGGCACGGUGUGUAUAAGGGCCCGUUCUUCCAUACCACUUCGAAGACUGGACGGUUUUCACUUUGGGACACAGUUCCUGAUCUUGUGCGGAUUGUUCUCGUCGUCCCCCGUGAGAAACUUUCUGUGCUAGAAAACUCGAAUCCCGACGAAAUUGGCACUCCACCAUUGCAGUGCGACAUUUUUGGUGUGCGCCGCCAUAACAUAUUCACCGCCGUACACAUUGCAUUUGGACGAGCAAUUCCCAUGGGAACGAAAUCUCAUCCACAGGUUAUCUUUGAAGAGGAUACGAGUGGUUGGCUCAGCAUCGGCUUCAGCGUUCGCGAUACGCCGCUUGCAUGUGCAACCCUCAUCAAGAAGCUGGGUUUCGGUCUCCAUGUAUUCAGCGCCAAAUUGAUGGACAAGACCCUUGUUCACGUCCUCCCCGAACACCCCUUGCCCUCGAGAUAUCCCUCUGAAUCAUUAGGCCGUACAGAGCCAGGUGUAUUGUCUCAGAUCAGCGAAUCUGGGCCUGCGUCUGUCGAGUUGGAUGAACAGUGCGAAUUGAUCACGUCUUUGACUGCACGGGUGUCUAUCACCAACGAGGACUCUGUGCGGCUGUUCAGUGAAGCCGGCGGUAAAGUCGUCCUGCAAAUCACGCAGCUCUCGCCUUGUAUCAUCAGAGUUGCACUGGGUGACCGAACCCAGGAUAUAGUGUAUCCUUUCCCCAUCGCAGGCAGUGCGCAUCGGCUGUGCCUCGCUCAGAAGUCACGAUAUAUUGAGGUCGUUGUACCGACCUCCAGAUCACUCAUGCCGGAUGGAAUGAAGCUGAAUCCGUUUCACGUCAUCAACUCGAAAGGACUGCUCCAUGCAUGGAGCAUCCAUCGGGUUAAUCUGUCCGCCUUGCCCGUCCUUGACGUCAAGGCCAGAAAUAUCAAGGAGUGGCUCGACCCCCACAUCGCCUUGACGAUGUCCGCUCACAAACUAUCACUCAGGAAGAAAGACCAGAUUGACACUCUCAUGUUCGUCAAAGACACCCUCCAGUCCAUUUUCGUUGGCGCCUCAGGAACCCAAGGUGGUUCCGUGCAUCGUCUAUUUGCUCUCCGCGAUAAGAAGACAAAUAACUGUGAUACCUGCAUCUUUGUCGAUGACCUUCGUUACGACCUGGCGUCUCAUACACUUAUCUGCGACGGGUACGUCCUCCCCCUGACGGUGAGGAUAAUAAUGGAGAAUGAGAAGCCUUUCGCGAAGCUGGUUCACCAGGGGAAAAUGAGCUAUAUUGGUGUGCUCGAAGGCAAGAUGCAGGCAUGGAAGCAGCUCUUGCCCGCCUUUGUGGAGAGGUGCCGGUCUUCCUGGAUGCAUGGGGCGAAUUGUGAAUAUAUCGCUCAAGGCCGCAUCCCGCUCACAGAGGAUAUGGAGGCAGACCCACUGUGUAGUUGCGGAAGAGGGAAGGACGUCGAAGGGAUGCAUAAAGUCGAACUAUGGAAGACAUUCGCACCGUACGUCACCCGGAUUGCACUUUCGCCAUUGUUUGCAGUGUCUUAUCUUGAGACUGUGGGUCGGGAUCCGGACGCUCACAAGUGUCGUGUAUGCAGAAGGAAAGGCAAACCGAAGAUCAAAGUAUGCACGGGGUGCAAGCCCUGA